AUGUCCACGUCCAACAACACAGUCUUCAUGCCUUCUGUGUUGACACUAAUAGGAAUCCCAGGCCUGGAGUCUGUGCAGUGCUGGAUUGGGAUCCCAUUCUGUGCCAUGUAUCUCAUUGCUGUGAUUGGAAAUUCCUUGCUUCUGAUCAUCAUCAUAUCAGAGCGCAGCCUCCAUGAGCCCAUGUACAUUUUCCUAGGUGUGCUAGGAGUGACAGACAUUGUGCUUGGUACCAGCGUUGUGCCCAAAAUGCUCGGAAUCUUUUGGCUUCAUAUUCCAGAGAUUUAUUUUGAUUCCUGCUUGCUUCAAAUGUGGCUCAUCCACACAUUUCAGGGCAUGGAGUCAGGCAUCCUGCUGGCCAUGGCAUUGGACCGCUAUGUGGCCAUCUGUUACCCAUUAAGACAUGCUUCCAUCUUCACUCACCAGCUAAUCACCCAAAUAGUGUCUGUCGUGGCACUCAGGGCUGCCAUUCUUGUAGCCCCAUGCCUAGUAUUGAUAAAGUGCCGUUUUCAAUUUUAUCAUACAACAGUCAUCUCCCACUCCUACUGUGAGCACAUGGCCAUUGUGAAACUGGCUGCAGAAAAUGUCCGUGUCAACAAAAUCUAUGGUUUGUUUGUGGCCUUCACCGUUGCAGGUUUCGACCUCACAUUCAUCACUUUGUCCUAUAUUCAGAUAUUUAUCACAGUUUUUCGUUUGCCCCAGAAGGAAGCUGGGUUGAAAGCUUUCAAUACUUGCAUUGCUCACAUCUGUGUCUUCCUCCAGUUCUACCUCCUUGCCUUCUUCUCCUUCUUCACACACAGGUUUGGUUCUCAUAUCCCCCCGUAUAUCCAUAUUCUUUUUUCUAGCUUAUACUUGCUGGUCCCUCCAUUUCUCAAUCCACUCGUCUAUGGUGCAAAGACCAAGCAGAUCCGUGUCCGUGUGGUAAAAAUGUUCCGUUCACAAUAUCCACCUUGA